UCCCUCCCUCCCUCCCUUCCUUCCUUCCUUCCUGAUUUUGUUUGAGAUGGGGUCUCACCAUGUAGCCUAGAACUGGACUCAAACUCACUAUGGAGCCCUAAGCUGGCCUCAAACUUAUGCCAGUCCUCCUGCCUUAACCCCCUAGAACUGGGAUCGCUGGCAUUCACUACCGUUCCUGACUUGUAGAUUUUUUUUAGACCUUCCUCUCAUUGCCAAGGGCCUGAGGGAUAUAUUUCAGUUUGGGAAAGCAGAGUUGUGAAGUUAUACAUGAGAGAUUGUUUAGUCUUAAACUGUGGAUAGUAACCCCACGUGGGCUCCUAUAACUGAGUGUUGGGAGUACAAAAAAAUUGGUGACUAAGAAAGGUUUCCAGAUGUGCAAUUAGGACUGGAGAGAUGGCUCAUUGGUUAGGAGCCAUCUCUCAACUAUCUGUAACUCCAGUUCCAGGGCUUCCACUGCCCUAUUCUGUCCUCUGUGGUUACUGCAUGCGUGUGUUACACAUAAACAGAUGCAGGCAAAAUACUAAUACACUUAAAAAUAUCUUUAGAAGUGCAAUGACCAAAAAUGAAUUAAAAAUCAAAUGUAUAUGAGGUGUUCCUGUCAGGGCAAAUCUGUGUCACACUGCAGAUUCACUGCAUCCCUGAGUCUGAGCAUACAGCACACACGCUGCACAUGGCAUCAUAUCACACAUCUCCAGUGAAAAAUGUCCCAAAUUCCUCAGCUGAGAUCCCAGACUAUCCUAUGUAAAAGUUGCUGUAUUUUAGUAUGUAUACAAGGUCUUCUGCUCCAAUAGAAACAUUAUGGUUUAAUUGUAGAAAACAUUUAAUAUUUUUCUAUAGUCAUUCAUCAGCAUGUAUCAUUAGUAUAGUUUAGAUUUUCUUAUGUUAAACGUUUCCUUCUAGAAGUUUGUAUUUGAGUUGCUGAUUUCAGUUUCAUUCAAACAAAAUUCAUACGAUGAAUUUGGCUUGAGAUCAGGACAGAAUUUCUAACAACUUCUCAAGUUGCCCUGAAUAUAUGUCUACCACUUUGUGCUGUGCUUUUAUGAGAAGAGGCAUUUUUGGCACUGAAGAUUUAAAACAAUCAAAUACAUGAGCUGUGGAAGAUGUUAAAGAUGCUGUGUGUCUUGCAUUAUCAGACACUGAGCCAUGAUUUAAUCCCCCACAAGUGUGUGUGUGUGUGUGUGUGUGUGUGUGUGUGUGUAUCCUGAGGAUCAAACUCAGGCCUUUAUGCAUGGUGCUCUACCACAGCUCCACCCCUAGUCCAAAAGUUAAUUCUUUAUGUAAAAAGAAACAACUAUAUCCAUCUCAUUAGGAUUCAAGUUUGCUUUAAUCUUUAAGAAAUGUUUUUAGGCAGGCGAAUCCCCGCUUGCGGAGGGUGCCGAGGCAGGGGCUGUCAGGCAAAGUGCUCGGGCUGCGGUCCAGGCCACCCCCUCCCCGCCAAAGCCAUGACUUCUAAACUCCUGCGCGCAGUCAUCCUCGGGCCGCCCAGCUCGGGUAAGGGCACCGCAUGCCAGAGGAUCGCCCAGAACUUUGGCCUCCAGCAUCUCUCCAGCGGCCACUUCUUGUGGGAGAACCUCAAGGCCAGCACGGAAGUUGGUGACACGGCAAAGCAGUACCUAGAAAAAGGUCUUUUGGUUCCAGAUCAUGUGAUCACACGCCUAAUGGUGUCAGAACUGGAGACCCUGAGCUCCGAACACUGGCUGCUAGACGGGUUCCCGAGGACAUUAGUACAGGCAGAAGCCUUGGACAGAAUCUGCGAUGUGGACCUUGUGGUCAGUUUGAAUAUUCCUUUUGAGACACUUAAGGAUCAUCUGAGCCGACGAUGGGUCCAGCCUUCUAGCGGGAGAGUCUAUAACCUGGACUUCAACCCGCCUCAAGUACAGGGGAUUGAUGAUGUCACUGGUGAGCCACUUGUCCAACAGGAAGAUGAUAAACCUGAAGCAGUUGCUGCCAGGCUACGAUAUAAGGAUGCGGCGAAACCAGUCAUUGAACUGUACAAGAGGCGCGGAGUGUUCCACCAGUUUUCUGGGACGGAGACUAAUAAAAUAUGGCCUUGUGUUUACACACUUUUCUCAAACAAGAUCACACCUAUUCAAUCCAAAGAAGCAUACUGAACCUGCCAUUGAAAGAACCAAGAACACAUGGUCGUUCACUCAAUCAUGCGUAUAGUCCUGGUGCCCUGGCCAAAUCAGAAGCUAGCUGAGAUAGCGUGCAGCAUCUUUUCUAGUUUAAGUGAUGAAGUAAUGAGGCAAAUCUAGUGGGUAGAAAGAAUUCAUGAAGAAGAAACCCUCCUGCCUUUGAAAAGAAGGCAUAGCUCUGCAGGUGCAUCACGCCCUUCACGGGAAAGUGAGUACAGACUGGGUUUCCACCAGUGUUGAGCCUACACUAGAUGGGUUGACAGCCAUGUGCUGCUCUCAUAGCCUCUUUGCAUGCGAUGGUGGAGGAAUCUCUGGUUCAUGCCACCUUCCACAGGCUGUUGAACCACAGCACUGUAAGCCUGAGAACUUGAAGGGCUGUGGUCCCAGCUUGUCCUCUGCCAUACCCUCUUGAUGACAAUUGAAUAGAUGCUGACUGUGCUCAGUGACUGCUUCUCCACAGUGACUGUUUCUCCCUCCAAUCUUAGACACCCUAGUUUCUGCUGACUGUGUCUUCUCUCGUCUGCUUGCUCCCUCCAUAGGCGAUUCAGUAACAUGAUAGUUUCUGCCUUUAUCCCUCUAAUUUCCCCUUUCUACAAACUGAGAACCAGGGGACUGGAUUCAGUCCCUUCAUACUGGGAUCUGCGCCAGGCAGAAAGCUUACUUGGUUAAACAGCUGCUCUGACUGUCUUGAACCUACUCUGUACCUUUUAUUGUUUAAAAAAAAAAAAAAAAAAGAUUUCCUAAAGUCUUUGGGAAUUCUCAAAAACAAGGGAAAUGCUCACUUAAGGAAAUGUGGGGUGAUCGUAUCUUCUACAUAGAUGUAGUAAUCGUAUAGAAAUCACUGGACUAAUGAGAUGAUUUAGGCUUCUUUAGUCAAGGCAAGAUGAAUAUUGAACAUGCUGCUAAAUAUUAAUGCUGACAGUGUUUGAGUUCUGUGAGUGAUCCAAGCAGAUGGUAAGAAGUCAGUAAAGGGAACAAGCCUGUGGGCUUGGAGUGUCUUGCACUAGAUGUACAUUGCACCUGCACUGAGAAAGACAGCUUUACCAUUAUGGGAACGCAGAGUCUUUGUUUUCUUCCGAUUCCAAAGAUGCAGUCUAUAGGUGGCCAUAAAGUCCAGAAAUGAAGAUGCUGAUAUUUUGUCAAUCAUCAUGUCAAUAAAGCAUUUGUUAAAAGUCUUUAAAAAAAGAAAUAUUUUUAGGGGAAUUUAUGAUUUAUUACCUUCAAAUGUUUGACCUGAAUACCUAUUUGGUAUACUUCCAUACCUGGGUCACAAAAAUUUCUCAAGCCAAGAAAAGGGGUCACAAGUGGGAAAGUUUAAGAUGCCCUGAUCUAGUGCAUGUGGAGAUAAGCCUGUAACGGCCAAGUGAACAUGUGACAUUUAAACCAGUGGCAAAACUGGACCUGAUUCAGGUUGUUCUAAGGUCAAGUUCUGUGUUGAUUUCGGAUGUGACCUCAUGCAAGUAAAAUACCAGUGGUGAGAAAACAAGCCACUGGCUUCCAGAUUGUUUAUAAAGGGGCUUCUGGGGUUAAGCUCUCUUUCAGCUUCCUUUCUAAUCCAGAAGGGGCCGUCUGGGGUGGGUGAAGAAUCAGAAGAAUCAGUCUGUGGAAAAAGAGGUGGUGUGUCGGGGAAGCACUUGCUAUUAACUGAGUCAUUUAGAAAGGAAACUGGGCUGGUGAGACGGUUCAGUGGGUGAAGGUGCUUGUGGCCAAGCCUGAUGUCCUAGGUUUGAUCGCUGGGUUAUCAUCCUCUGGCUUCUGUCUGUGCACUGUACAUCACACACACACACACACACACACACACACACACACACACACACACACACACACACACUACAUAUAGUAAUAAUAAUAAUAAAAAAGAACCAUCACACACAUGAAGUGAAUUAUGGACUAUAAAGAUCCCUCAGUGAUAGAGUGCAUGUCUAACAUUUGUGAAGCCCGGGGUUCAUCCCCAGCACCACAUAAAAGAGGAGAGAGAAAACCAGCCAAGCUGUAUUUCAUUUGUUUCUCUGCAGUGCUGGAGAUUGAGCCCAGGUCUUUCUGUGUGCUAGGAAAGUGUUCUACCACUGAGCAGCACACCCAGAUCAAUAAUUGUACAUUGCAAAAAUAGCUAGUGGAAAGGACUUGGAAUGUUGGCAACACAAAGACUUUAUAAAAAAUGUCUGGGAUGCCGGGUGAUGGUUGUACCCACAUUCACCCAGCACUCGGGAGGCAGAGGCAAUCUGAUUUCUGUAAGUUCGAGGCCAGCCUGGUUCUAUAGAGCGAGAUCAAGGACAGCCAGGGCUACACAGAGAAACCUUGUCUUGAAAAACAACAAAAACAAUCAAACAAACAAACAAAAAAGAAAUGCCUGGGAUGGUAGAUAUGCCAGUUACUUUGGUUUGACCUCACUGCUUGUUGUAUACCAUGUACUAAAACAUCACACUGUGCUCUGUAACUGUGUACAGUUUCUAUGUGUCAGUUAAUAUCUUCUGGGCUCCAGGCAUGGGUGUCCACACCUGUAACCCCAGGAUUGGUGAAGCUACAGCUGCCGAAUGGUGAAUUUAAGGAUAGAUGGGACUAUUAUACAGAAAGCUCCAGGUCAGCUUGGGCUACAUGGCUGUGGGUAGAAGGUGGGAGGAGGCAUACACAGACAUAGGAAGCAGACUAAGUUAAAACAAAAUGUGCAUGAGUAAUGUAUUAAUCUCACAGCCCUCCAUUUGCAUGCCUACUUAGCGCUCAUUUCUUCCAUCUGCUGCCUUUAGUCUCUGCUCACGGAUCAAUCAGUGUUUGGUCCUUACAGCCAACACACUGUAUACACUUACUAUGUACUCUGUAUACACACUCUAUACUCUUACUACAUACUAUAUAUACUAUAUGCACUCUGCCGGGUGCUUUGAGCCCCAUCUUCAGGCUUUGGAGCAGCCGUGGUUUCUGUGCACCAUGCCCUCAGCUCCCUGUGACUCACCGAGCUCUUUGAAGUAGCACCAGACUCUUGAGCUGUCAUUGUAUAUAGAUACCAGUUUUCAAAACUUGUGUGACAAAGGAGUUUGUCAGUGAAGAAUAGCAAAAUACAUUCAUUUGCGUGUUUAAUCUCUUAAUAUUUUAAUACCCGGUGCUAUGUGCUAGGACUUGCCAAAUCCUUCAUGACACAUAUGGCAGUGAAGAAAAAUCUCCCCUAAUUUUCUAGACGAAGAGACAGAACCACGGAGUAAAUCAGGUCUUUCAUAGCUUAGAGUCAGAGCAAAGGCAUAGAAGCAAAUUCAUUUGGACUUGGGGGUUGAGAUACGUUCUCAUCCAGUCCAAGAAGGCUUGAACUUGCUAUAGUCAAGGAUGACCUUGAACUCCGGAUCCUACAUGUAUGUGCCACCACAUCUGGUUUUAUGCAGUAAACGCUGGGCUUCCUGCUUGCUAGAUGAUCCCUCUACCAAUUGAGCUAUGUCCCCCAGCCCCAAAUAUUAUUUUGGUUAGGACAGUUAGAAAUGAAUCCAUAAGGCUGGCAUUUAGGAAUAAGCAAAUUAAAAGGAUAUAUCAUAUGCACAUUGAAUGGAGGUGUGUACCAGGCACAGACAACCUCGAGUUGAACUGUAAGAACUGACAGGGGCUGGAGAGAAGGCUCAGUGGACACAUGGCAGCUCCAGGACCAGAGAAUCUGACGCCCUCUUCUGGCCUCUGCAGGCACUGCAUGCCUGUGAUGCACAGACAAACAAGCAGGCCAAACACCCAUAGGGGUAGGGGGAUCAGUUAGAGGUCAGCGGAGUUGGACCAAGGGGGAAAGUGAUAGCGUCAUGUGGUUCCUCUUGGGUCCAUACUUGAAGAGCUGUGGUUGGUUGUGCUUUAUCACCACCGCUGCUAUGUGGGAAUUUCAGGAGGUGUCAGCGUGUAGCAGGAAGAUUAUUGCUGUAAUACAGUUGUGAUAUUAGCUUGUAUCAAAGAGAGAAACAGAGAUGAGAAUACAGUCAGAUCCUGGAUAUAUUUAGAAAGUAGAGACAGGUGUCAGGGCACAAGCCUAUAAUCCCAGCACUUAAGAGAUGGAGGCAGGAGGAUCAGUUCAAGGUCAUCCUUGCUAUGUAGUUUGAAGCUAGCCUAAGCUACAUGGGCCUUGUCUCAAUAACACCCCCCUCCCCCGAAAAAAAGCCAACCAAACAAAAACCCAGCAGUUCUGAUGGAGUUUGUAGAGAUAGUAAAGGUCAGUGUAGUUUUAGUAGAAGAAGGGCCAGAGCGCACUGUGGUCAAUGUGAGGCUGGAGUUCAGCAGCAAAGACAAGUCUAAGGAUGGAGUGGUCAGGGGAGAGGAGGGACAUUGUGUUUGAGUCUAAGGAAGUAAGUUGCUAAGGCCCUUACCGUGUUUGUCUUCCCGAGUGAGGCAAAUAAAUGACACAGCUGUGUGGUCCACGUUGCGGUUCACUCUCAGUGAUCUUCGGUGAUGAGUUCUGGAACAGCAGACUUGCUGUCUGAUUUCCCCUCCGAGGAAGCCGUAAGCACCGAAGUAAUUCCUAUUUGGUUUUUAAUUUGUCGUUUUUUGCGUGAAAACCCAAACUGCUCAUUCCGGACACUGUUUUUGUCUUGUGCCUUUAGAAGCAUUAUAAAAAUGAACACCAGGGGGACCUAGUCUCUGGGCCACCUGUUGGACGGGAUGGAGCUGGCUUAGAGACUCGCCUGAAGACAAGGACUGCCUACCUCUCUUUUCUCCGUGUUCUGUGUACCUGUAGGAGUGAGUCGUAACAUGUCCAAACUGCCUUUAGAUAGGCUGGUUUUAAUGACUUUAAAACUUCCAAACUAUGGCUUCUAAACACUAGAUUGCUUAUCAGUGAACUCCAAAAUGUGGGAGCUUUGGAAAAUAAGGAUCAUACCGGACGUUCUGGCACAUGGGAGGUGGAGGCAGGAGGAUCAGAAGUCCAAGGUUGUCCUUGGCUGAGGAGUGAGUUCAAGGCUCUCCCUGACAAGUCAGAGAGAGGGGGCAGGAGGAGAGAAAAUGAACCGUGAUGAUUUUGAUUUUUAGUUUAUUUUGGACAGAGUGUGGAAAUUUAUGUGUAAUUAAUAUCUCUAGGUGACUUGAAUUUAGUCUAUUGAAACUCAGACUUAGGGUAUGUUUUCUACUCUGUACCAGAUAUAAAUAGAUACCCUGAAGCUACGUAUUGCUGGAGAAUAAAAUUGGUAACUUUGUGCGCCGGGAACGUAGCUCAGUUGGUAGAGUGCCUGCUUAGUAUGCACCAGGCCCUGGGUUUGAUCCCCAACACUCCAUAAAACUGGGCACAGCAACCACGUCUAUAAUCCCAGCACUUCGAAUGUGGAAGCGGGAGGAUCAGAAGUUUAAGGUCAUUCUCUGCUACAUAGUCAGUUGCAGGCUAGCCUGGGCUACAUAAGAUUUUGCUUUUAAAAAAAAGUUAAAUUAAUAAAAGGUUUGGAAAUAGUAUAUAAAGAUAUACAUUUGCCUCAAGAGGGCAUGUGACCUUAACUAGACAGAGGUACACAAUCUACAUUCAUAUAGAAGGACACGGUAUAUAUACAAGGACAGAAAGUAAUGGGCUGAAAAGAGUCAUCAUGGAAAAUAAAAACCAUUAAUUAAUUAAUUAAUUAAUUAAUUAAUGUAUUGGCAAUUGUUUGAUCUUGCCUAUCUUUGACACCUAUGGUCUAAAGAUUACUUUGAUGAGGGACUGGAGAGAUGGAUCAGUGGUUAAGAGCACUGGCUGCUCUUCCAGAGGACCCAGGUUCAACUCUGAGCAUCCACAUGGGAGCUCACAAUGUCUGUGACUCCAAUUCCAGGGGACCUGACACACUAUUCUGGCUUCUCUAGGCACUACAUCCAAGCGGUGCACACACACACACAUUCAGGCACCCCACUCAGACACAUAAAUUACAAUGAAAAACUUAUUUUAAUGUGUGUGGGUAUUUUGCCUGCAUAUGUGUCUGUACACCACAUCUGUGCCUGUUGCCCUCUGAGGCUGGAAGAGGGCACUGGAUUCCCUUGAACUGGAGUUACUGAUGGUUGUGAGCUGCCACAUGGGUGGUAGGACUUGAACCUGGGUCCUCUGGAAGAGCAGUCAGCCCUCUUAAUUGCUGAGCAAUCUCUCUAGUACCAAAAUAAUGAGUAUUUAGGAAAACGACUUUGAUGAUCCUGUGCGUGUACAUGUUGUAGGGGGGCAGGGGCGGGUACACAUUUGUAAAGGUGGGCUCUCCUGUGCCUGAGUGUGUGGAUGGCAGAGGUCAUGGUUGGGUGCCUUCCUCUAUUAUUUUUCAUCUUAUUGUUUUGAGGCAGGGUCUCUCACUGAGUCUGCUUGCUCUUUCAGCUAGACUGGCUGACAGUUGAACCCCACUCCCCCACCUCCAGGGCUGAGGUUGCAGUUGGCUUCUGUGUAUGAGCCAGGGGUUCAGCUCAGGACCACCUCCUGUGUAGCUAGCACUUCGCUUAUGGAGCCCCAACAACAAUCCUUGAAGUUUUUUAGUUUUAUUGGUUCAUUAUUGUUUUCUUUUUUGGCUUUUUAUCACUCAAUCAAUUGCUUUUUUGAGAUCUUAGUCUAGCUUAGUAGUUCAGAUUGUCCUGGAACUUUUGAUGAUCUUGCCCCAACCUCCUGAGUGCUGAUGUUACAGUUGUGAGCCACACCAGGGACAGCAUUAUCUUCCCAUUGUCAGAACUUAGUUUUCAGAGCUGGGGUGUGUAAACAGAGGCGGGGUUUUCUUUCUCGACCACCUGGUCACAAAUAAACACGCAAAAGUUUACAUUAAUUACAAAAUGCUUGGCCAUUAGCUCAGGCUUAUUAUUAACUAGCUCUUGCAUUUCAAUUAAUCCAUUUCUAUUAAUCAAUGUAUUGCCACAUGGUCCUCUGGCAUCUUGCUUCUUGGGCAGCUCCUUGAGUCUCUCUCGACUCUGCCCUUCUUCAUCUCAGUCCUCAGUUUGAUUUUUCCCCUAACCUUAUCCUGCCUGGCUGUUGGCCAAGCAGCUUCUUUAUUAGCCAAUGAGAGUAAUGCAUAUUCACAGCAUAUGGAAGGACCAUCCCACAGCUAUGGUGCUGACCCAUUGCAGUGACUUGAUAGAUGGAACAGGGAUGGUCUGCAGGCCAGACUGAGUCCACUACAUAUUCAGUGUUUACUUUUUGUAGGUGAUGAGAUCCAGAGUGCUCCCCAAUAAACUAUAUCCCCAGUGCUGCCCUUUUGAAAAAAAUCACUAUGUAGACCAAGCUGUCCUUGAUUUCAUGAUCUUCUUGACUUGUCUCCCAAGUUCUGGAAUUAAAUUCUCAAGGAAUUAAGAAAAAUAUGUUUUAAAAGUUUCUGAGCAUUUUUCUCUGCUUCCUGACUUAAAAAAAAAAAAAAGUUGUAAUACUCAUGCCUUGAGAAUCCUAUGUGUCCUGGGAUAGCUCAAAGAUUUUAGUUUCUGAAAUCAGUAAAAAGCACUUCAAUACAGAAGAGCACCAAACUCUUUAAAUAGAAAGGCAUAAAUUUAUUGUAAGUCCAGAAGUAUCGGGAUGUCAUUCAUACAGAACAAAUCAGCGAUCCCACGUUUUUGUUUUUUCCCUUCCCAGCAUUUACCCCCUGCUUGCUGUGUAUGCCACUAAGUCGGUACCAGAUCUUUCUUUCUUUCUAAGAUCUAUUUUAUUUUCAAUUAUGUGUACGUGUGUGUGUGUGUGUGUGUGUGUGUGUGUGUGAGAGAGAGAGAGAGAGAGACAGAGAGAGAGAGAGAGAGAGAGAGAGAGAGAGAGAGAGAGAGUGAGUGCAGGUGCCUGAGGAGUCCAGCAGAGGGUGUCAGCUCCCCCAGAGCUGUAGUAAUUGGUAGGUGUAAGCUGCCCCACUUGGGUACUGGGAACUGAAUUUAGGUCCUCUGCAAGAGUGGUAUUGAGCCAUCUCUCCACCCCUUCCAAUUUGUAUUUUAUUAGAUUGUGAGCGAAAACAAUGCCUUAACAUUUCCCCCAAACUCAAAUAUUUCGCAUAUGAUCAUUUUUAUGAAAUUCAGAUUUCCAAAACCAUGAUAAAAAUGUUGUUGAAGGCAGCCAUGCCCUUUCAUUUACAGUCUGUGACUGCUUCGGACCUACAAUGGCAAAUGAAUAGUUUUGGCAUAAUCUGUGUAAUAAGAAAAGCCUCAAGAAUUUACUAUCUGGAUCUUUAUGGUAAAAGCUCGCCAGCCCUUGGCUUUGGGUGUCUGCACUGUUUACCUUGAGAUUUAGCAUUCUGAGCGGGCUUCAGUUGAUAGAGUUUAGCAUGCUCAAAACCCAGGGUUCAACCUCUACCUAGCCCCAUCUAAAUCAAGCAUGGUGGCUCAUGCCUGUAAUCCCAGCACUUGGGAGGUAGAGGCAGGAG